CCUGUGAGAUGUUCCCAUUAACUGGAAAAACAAUCAUCUUUGAUCAUUUUCCUGAUCCUUCUGAUACAUGGGAAAUAACUGAAACAAUUGGCAAAGGAACUUAUGGAAAAGUUUUUAAAGUACUGAAUAAGAAAAAUGGCCAAAAAGCAGCAGUCAAAAUUCUGGAUCCAGUUCACGAUAUUGAUGAAGAGAUUGAAGCAGAGUACAACAUUCUAAAAGCACUUUCUGACCACCCUAAUGUGGUCAAAUUCUAUGGGAUUUACUUUAAGAAGGAUAAAAUAAAUGGAGAUAAGCUGUGGCUGGUUCUUGAGCUGUGUAAUGGAGGAGCAGUGACUGACCUUGUGAAAGGCUUUCUAAAGAGGGGAGAAAGAAUGAGGGAGCCCACCAUCGCCUAUAUUUUACAUGAAGCGCUAAUGGGCCUUCAACAUUUGCAUAACAACAAAACUAUCCACCGGGAUGUAAAAGGAAAUAACAUUCUAUUGACCACUGAGGGUGGAGUCAAGCUAGUUGAUUUUGGUGUGUCUGCACAGCUCACCAGCACCCAGCUCCGCCGCAACACCUCUGUCGGAACGCCCUUCUGGAUGGCUCCUGAGGUGAUUGCAUGUGAACAACAAUUAGAUACCACUUAUGAUGCCAGAUGUGACACUUGGUCCCUGGGCAUCACUGCCAUUGAGCUGGGAGAUGGUGAUCCUCCACUUGCUGAGCUGCACCCCAUGAGAGCACUCUUCAAAAUACCAAGGAACCCACCCCCACAGCUAAGGCAGCCUGAGCUAUGGUCAGCAGAAUUCAAUGACUUCAUUAGCAAAUGUUUGACUAAAGAUUAUGAAAAGCGUCCAACAGUGUCAGAUCUUUUACAGCAUAAAUUUAUUACUCAGAUUGAAGGAAAAGAAGUGAUGUUACAAAAACAGCUAAUGGAAUUCAUUGAAAUCCACCACAGCAUGGGAGGCACAGAAAAAGCCAGGCAUGAACGUAUUCAUACCAAGAAAGGUAAUUUCAACAGAUCUUUAAUUUCCAUUCCAAAGGAUGUAGAUGAUUUAGCAACCCUAGAUAUUUUGGAUGAGAAUACAGUCUCGGGGCAGCUUGAGAAGUGUUACUCCAAAGAUCAAAUCUAUAUCUAUGUGGGAGAUAUACUCAUUGCUCUUAACCCUUUUCAGAGUCUAGGUCUGUAUUCCACUAAGCAUUCCAGACUAUAUAUUGGAGCAAAGAGAACUGCCAACCCUCCUCACAUUUUUGCAGUGGCUGACGUAGGCUAUCAGUCUAUGGUCACGUACAGUUCAGACCAGUGCAUUGUUAUUUCUGGAGAAAGUGGAGCUGGAAAGACUGAAAGUGCUCAUCUUUUAGUUCAGCAGCUAACAGUGCUCGGAAAGGCUAAUAACAGAACCUUACAAGAGAAGAUUUUACAAGUGAACAAUUUGGUAGAAGCAUUUGGUAAUGCCUGCACUAUUAUAAAUGACAAUUCCAGCCGAUUUGGAAAAUACUUAGAAAUGAAAUUUACCUCUUCUGGAGCUGUAGUGGGUGCACAAAUCUCUGAGUAUCUUCUGGAAAAAUCCCGAGUUAUCCACCAAGCUGCUGGAGAAAAAAACUUUCACAUUUUUUACUAUAUUUAUGCUGGUUUAGCUGAAAAGAAGAAACUAGCCCUUUACAAGUUGCCUGAAAAUAAGCCUCCCAGGUAUCUACAAAAUGACCACCUCCGAACAGUACAGGACAUGAUGAAUAACAGUUUUUAUAAAUCCCAGUAUGAACUAAUUGAGCAGUGUUUCAAAGUGAUAGGCUUUACAACGGAGCAACUGGGAAGUGUAUACAGUAUACUUGCCGCCAUCUUGAAUGUCGGAAACAUUGAAUUUUCUUCUGUGGCGACUGAACACCAGAUUGACAAGAGCUACAUUUAUAAUCAUGUGGCUCUGGAGAAUUCUGCUUCCCUGCUUUGCAUUCAGGCAGAUGAGUUACAGGAAGCUCUUACCUCCCACUGUGUGGUCACGAGAGGAGAGACUAUCAUACGGCCCAACACCGUAGACAAAGCUACUGAUGUCAGAGAUGCGAUGGCCAAAACUCUAUAUGGGCGUCUCUUUAGUUGGAUAGUCAGUUGCAUUAACAGUUUAUUGAAGACUGACACAUCACCAAGUGGUGAUGAGCUGAGCAUUGGCAUUCUUGAUAUAUUUGGCUUUGAAAAUUUCAAAAAAAAUUCCUUUGAGCAGCUGUGCAUUAACAUUGCAAAUGAGCAAAUUCAGUAUUAUUUUAAUCAACAUGUGUUUGCAUGGGAACAGAAUGAAUAUCUAAAUGAAGAUGUUGAUGCUAGAGUUAUUGAAUAUGAAGAUAACCGACCCCUUUUAGAUAUGUUUCUGCAGAAGCCAAUGGGUUUACUAUCCCUACUUGAUGAAGAAAGUCGAUUUCCCAAGGCCACUGACCAGACUCUUAUAGAAAAAUUUGAAGGUAAUCUAAAAUCACAGUACUUCUGGAGACCCAAAAGAAUGGAACUUAGUUUUGGAAUUUAUCAUUAUGCAGGAAAGGUCCUCUACAGUGCAAAUGGAUUUUUGGCUAAAAAUAGAGACACUCUUCCAACUGAUAUUGUGCUACUUCUGAGAUCAUCAGAGAACAGUGUGAUUCGGCAACUAGUCAACCUUCCUCUGACCAAAACAGGUAACCUGCCACUAUCCAAAACUAAAAAUGUAAUAAACUAUCAAAUGAAGACUUCAGAAAAAUCAGUUAACCUGACAAAGGGUGAAACUGGAGAAGCCACUCGACAUGGCCUAGAAACAACCAAUAUGAAAACCCAAACAGUUGCAUCAUAUUUUAGAUACUCUCUGAUGGAUUUGUUAUCUAAAAUGGUGGUGGGCCAACCUCAUUUUGUCCGUUGCAUCAAACCAAAUAAUGAGCGUCAGGCAAGAAAGUAUGACAGAGAGAAGGUUCUGCUGCAGCUUCGCUACACAGGAAUUCUGGAAACAGCAAGAAUUCGAAGACUGGGAUACUCACAUCGGAUACUCUUUGCUAACUUUAUAAAGCGAUACUAUGUUCUCUGCUACAAGUCAAGUGAAGAGCCCCCAGUGAGCCCAGACACCUGUGCUGCCAUUUUGGAAAAAGCUGGUCUUGAUAACUGGGCCCUUGGAAAAACAAAAGUUUUCCUUAAAUAUUAUCAUGUGGAACAGUUAAAUCUAAUGCGAAAGGAAGCCAUUGACAAGCUUAUUUUGAUCCAAGCCUAUGUGAGAGCAUUCUUGGGUUCAAGAAGAUACCAAAAACUCCAGCAGAAAAGGAAAGAAAGCGCUAUAGUAAUACAGUCAGCUGCAAGGGGACAUCUUGUCAGAAAACAAAGAAAACAAGUUAACAUGAAAAACACAGCAGUAGUAACCAUUCCGACUCAAGAGAAGGAAUUUGCCUACAAGAAAAACUUUGAAAAUAAAAGGGAAUCUUUUAUGAAGAAACAAGCAGAAAAUGCAGUGUCUACUAAUGAAUCAGUCAGUCCAGCUCUAAAUAAUGAAGGGAGUCCAUCUCUAGGGCAGACCUCUGCAUUCAGAAUGGAAGAAGACACUACAGCUGUUGAAAGUAAGCACAGAGGCUGUCAGACUCAGCAAACAAGGAGUAGCAUGCACGGAGAAGAGCGUCACCAAGGGCUGUGUCUCACGGGGGACUCUUGGAUAGAUGUGAGUUUCAAGCGGAAGUACAUGAAAGACCCAGAAGAAAACAGUAAUCUGAGGAAUACAGAGAGAGAGGACUCUGGGAUGCAGAGUUAUUGUCAGAAGCACACAGGAGAAAGGAAUUUGGAGGAACCAAAAACAGUAUAUCCAAAGAAGAGGUACACAGUGGAAAGGCCAAGCAACCAGGGGCUGUGGUUAGCUGAGAAGGAGAGUUCUUUGAAGAAAAGUUUGGAACCUAGUCUUAGCCAAAGGUUGGGUGCUCAAAAUGCAAAUAGCAAGGAGAAAGAGAAGAAGGCAUUUGUAGUUACCCAGAAUUCACUGGUAUGCAGACAGGAGAGAGGCUGCGAGAGGCAUGGGGUGGCCAGAGAGAAGAACAAAGACCCAGUGGUGAUGCCAGCACCGGAGGCAGAAGACGAGUCUGUGGGGUCCAUCCAGAGCAGAUGCCAUGGUUUCCAGCAAAGGCAACAAUUAGGGAAGGACAGAGUGUCUCCUCCCAUUAAAAGUCAAAGGAUUCUUGCAACGCCACCAGAACUAACAAAAAACACUCACAGUGUGUAUUCCUGUCCCACAACACAUGAGGAACUCUGUAAUAGCAAGGUGAAGACUGACAGAGAUUCAAAAGCAACUUCAGAAAAAGAAGCAUGUGAUUUGGCAAUUUUUUCAAAGCAGAUAUCAAAGUUAUCUGAAGAAUAUUUUAUUCUGCAGAAAAAAUUGAAUGAAAUGAUUUUGUCACAGCAGCUGAAGCCAUUUUAUCUGAGCAUCUAUUCCCACAAGCCAAUCAAUAAACGAGUUUUCUCUUCACAAUGCCUCUCAGGUAUUUCUAAAGGAGAAGAGCCAAAGCUUCUUAGACCACCAAGAAGACCCCGGAAACCCAAAAUGUUGAACAACCCUGAAGACUCCACAUACUAUUAUCUACUCCAUAAGUCAAUCCAGGAAGAAAAACGAAGACCAAGAAAAGACAGUCAGGGAAAAUUACUAGAUUUGGAAGAUUUCUACUAUAAAGAAUUUUUGCCCAGUCAUUCUGGACCAAAGGAGUGUAAGCCUAGUUUGAGAGAACAAAGAUCACGGGAACUCCAGAAUCAGUUCUUUAAAGCUGAUGAAAGGUACAAAUAAACUAUGGUAGCUGAAAGCCCUGAGGAGGAGCAGUGUGGCCCAGUAGCCAAUCCCUACGACUACAGGAGGCUCCUGCGCAAAACCUCCCAACGCCAGCGCCUCAUCCAGCAGUUGUAG